GGUGCCAAGCUGGAAAAAAGGAGUUCAGCUGGUAAUGAAGCGAAUGUGCGAGUGAGGUAUACUCUUGUCUGCUGCAAAACAAGUUUUAAAAAUGCAUCCUACGUGCAUUGCGGCUGCGGCAGGCGGUAUUUAGAUCAGAGUCCAGGGUGUGAAUUACCUGCCGUUUAAAGAAGGCACAGGAUCAAGCAGAAAGCAGGGAGAACCGAGGAUUUGGUUAUUACUGCUCGGAUAACAAUGUAGUUCUUGUUUAUCCGGCUGGGCAGCUACUGUAACUCUCCGCCCACAGUUAGACAAAACCCUAAGGUAGGUGAGGCUCUCGUGUCGAAAUCCGUGGUCGCGCCGUGCAUUGCUGAGCAAGGCAGUUUAACUAGCUCUUCACAAAGUGCGCAGGUUGCUUUUUUCGAAGUGCUUGUGAUAGCGGCACCCUUGUUAUCCUGUCGAGUAUGCUAAGUUGUGGACGCUGUGCUGAGCGACAGACAUACCUGAGGGACACCACUCUCAAGUUUUGAAGAUCAUGGACAUCAGUGGAUAUUUAACGAUGGGGGGGGCGAUUGCAGAUCGCAUUUGGUUGAUAACUCAUGAAGCACUGCAGCAGGGCCUCGUGGUUUAAAGAAGAGAAGGACAGGUGACAAACUGCUAACCCAACACGAAAAGCAAGUUUUCUCUUCGUUAGCUUAACCUCCCGGAGUCGUGCAGGUGAGGGAGAAUGUCCGACCCAGGCUUGUGAAUUCAGGCUCCCUGAGACCUCCAUCUCCUUCUGAGGAAUCCGAAGAACAAACGUCAGAGGAGAUGGAUGCGGAGAGCGGGCGGGUGUUUUUCGGCCAGCAGGGGGAGGAGGAGGAGGAGGUGAUGGCCGAGAGCAGUCUGGGGGCGGAGGGGCCCUUCUCCUACCCCGAUGCCCUCUGUGGGGGCGCGGAGAAAACGCUGGAAGAGUGGGCGCUGGAUCCCCACUGUGGGCUGAACGACAGCGAGUCGGAGGACAUCCUUCACGCCAUGAUCAACCCCAAUGAGGUGUACCCCUCCUCCGGGGCGCCCCUCGAGUCUCCCUCCGAGAGCGACAGCGGCAUCUCCGAGGACCCCCGCUCGGACAGCCCCCCCGGCGGCGAGCCGGCCCCCGGGGGGCCCCCCUGCGCCCCGCCCGCCGUGUACCAGGUGGUGUACGACAUCAGCGGCCUGGACGGCGUCAGGACGGAGCCCGCGCAGCGCAGCGUGGACGUCAUCUCCAUCGAGCUGGAUGCCUGGAAUUCCCAGAUGCUGAUCCCCGAAUCCUGCAUCGUCAACGAGCUGCCUAUGAUUCCAGCGGGCAAACCCGGCACCUCCCUCCCCUCGCCUGCUGGCCCCGGAGAUUCCCACAUUGCGGAUAAUUUCCCGCUGUAUCCGGAACUGUGCCUGACGGAAGAGGAGCAGAAGCUCCUGACCCAGGAAGGAAUCUCUCUGCCCAACAACCUGCCCCUCACCAAGGCAGAGGAGCGGAUCCUGAAGAAAGUUCGCCGAAAGAUCCGCAAUAAGCAGUCGGCGCAGGACAGUCGCCGGCGGAAGAAGGAAUAUAUCGACGGGCUGGAGAGCAGGGUGGCAGCCUGCUCCGCGCAGAACCAGGAGCUGCAGAGGACGGUGGAACAGCUGGAGAAGCACAACAUGUCACUGUUAGCCCAGUUAAGGAGGCUGCAGUCUCUGAUCAAACAGACGGCCACCAAGGCAGCUCAGACCAGCACCUGCAUCAUGAUCAUCAUCUUCUCCCUGGCUCUGAUCCUCUUCCCCAGCUACAGCCCCUUCCGCUGGGGCCCCGCGGCCGCGGAGGAGCCCUACGCUCCCAGAGGGGUUAUUUCCAGAAACAUCCUCACCGAUUCAGCUGCCUCCCACGAACUGGACGUUGGCCAUGAUAUCGAAGCUGGACAUGACCUCCCGCCCUCUUCGGCGGUCGGCGGCCAAUCGGACGACCCCGGCCCGCCCCCGGUACUCUUUCAGCAGCCAAUCGCAGGCCCGGAGGCUGCCACCCCAGAGGGAGCUGUUCAGGAGCAGAGCCAACCCAGGAAUGGGUCGUUAAAGGAAGAGGGAAGGACUAACGAGCUGGCGAUGAGUCUGGCAGCAGGGAAGGGACAGGGGCCAGCGAGUGCGGACUCUGCGAAGCCCGCCCACGCCGAUGAAAUGUAGAUGUCCCUGUUUUUUUUUUCCAAAAAGUAGGAGGAUGCAAGAAUUGCUUUUUUUCCCCACCAAGUACUUUGUAGAAGAGGAGCGACCAAGUCCAUUCUUCAGUGUUACAAGGCGCUUUCCGACUUUCAUUCCAUCUGGGAUUCCGUUUCCAAAUACUGACUUUUGAUGGUGAUUUUUAACUGUUUUGUUUUUUUUGCUCACCCUGGAGCAUUUGAGUUGCACUUCUGUAGUGCACUGCUCAUCACAAUCCACUCUCAGCAGAACCCAGCGAUCAAACACUGGGGCUGGAGAAAACCAAGUGUGCAGCAGUAUAUCAAACCCCACUCCAGCCUGACUAUAGAGUCAUCCUCAUUUAGGCCUGGAGGGAGGUGUCCGUCUUUAAACAAACCACCAUUUAGAGCUUGGCAUGCGAUAGGGCAGUUGCUCUGGAGUGGCUCUUGUUGUGAAGGAGGAGGGCGUGAGUUUGGGUUAAUUUCUCCUCCCAAGAAAUGCCUCUUCCUGUAGGAGGGUGAUUGCCCAUUGCACAACAUACUCCAUUGGCCUAUUGAUGGCACACCCUGAUCUCUGAUUUACCUUCCAAAAUCUGAGCAGACUGGGGAUUGACUUAUGAUAACCCAUCUAGUAUCAUGAAAGACUGUGGAUCUGAUGAAGUCAACUGGGCCAUCAUUGUGCUAGAACUAUUUUAACUUUCUUAUUUUUCUUUUCAAGGAAGAACGGUCUUGAGUAGGCUGCAGGUGAGCAUGAGCUGAAAAGGCAGACCAUGAGAGCUCACAGCCUGAGACAAGGAGGUGGUGUGGGGCUGGUUGCGUGUUAAGCGGAUGUGGGAUUGAAGUGCUGUGGUGUGUUAAGACAAGGCAUCAGUUUGGAUUCUCGGGCAUUAUGGGACUUGUAGGUUAGCGCAGUUUGCCAACAGAGAACAGGACAAGAAGAACACGUGGACUUGUAUGGCACAAGGAUAAGGAGAAAGUUUUGCAUCACCAGGAGAAGAGGGUUUACAGUCACCUGCCAGCUCUCCUUGCUGCUGGAAUUGAUCUUUCUUCAUCAGUUAAGUGAUGUUUAGCAUUCAGUGGCGCCAGGAAACAACGGUACUGGAUCAGGUGUGUGUAGGUCCAGUAAACCUGCAGUUGGAAUAAGUGUCUACAGCACAUACUGAUCCGAACCACUGUAAGCAGCUCGUUGAGACGCCUUGUACAGAAAUGUUUACAUCUGUCCCAUGAGCAAAUGUAAACUUGUAAUGGUAGAUUUUCUUCAGUCUUGCAUGGGCCUCAUCCCAGCGAGGCCUUUACACAUUGAGACACACUGUGUAGACAGUCUUGGUGGAGUCUGCAUUCAUAAGUGAGUGUGUGUGUGUGUGUGCACAUGUACACCUGUACUUACUGCUCUUCAUACCUGCUCAGUAACUUCUAUUGGACCAUAUGGGUAACCACCCAGUUCCUCAGCCUUCAGAAUGACUGGGAUCCUACUGCUGAAAUAUUUUAUUUUCUGUAUUUAUUUUGUAUAAAGGGGAGAAUAUGAAGAA